UUUCGCGGGAAAGUGUUCGAGUCUCUCAGAUUACCCGCGAGCCACUCAGAGCACUGCUGCUACCCGUCCGGUUACAGCUACUUCAUCGCCUUUUAACUGUUCGCAGUCAUUAUCAAGACUGCAAAUGUGUUGUAAGCAGUACAGCUCCAUUUUUUGAAAAUGAGUUUUAAUUUGGAAAGGUUUCGGUGCCGAGGGAAUGAACGCAAAAGGAAACAUCUGGCACUGACUCAGGAUCGCCGCGGCUCUGCAAAAUCCAAGCAGGACAAAGAAAACACACCAAGCUCCACAGCCCAGGGAACGAUGCAAGGACAGCAGACAGCAGAGCCUGACUGCCAAGCCCCAGUGUUAAAGACGUCUGUACAGACUGUGGAGGACUGGGAGGAGGGGGAGGCCUCCAGAGAGUGGUGCACAGGUGACGAGGAGAUGGAGGAGGUAAUCAGAACCCCAAGCCCCCUGGAUCUAACCUUGGCUUCCUGCUUGACGAGGCAGACAGACAAAGGGUCAGCCCAGAAGCGGAAGCACGGCAGUGUUGACAGCGGCAACUCUGAGGAAAGCGGAAAUGAAAUGGAGAGACCCAACAAGAAGAAGAAGAAGAAGAAGGACACGUCUAUGGCUGGUGUUUACAGUGGCGACUCUGAGGACAACGACAAUGAAAUGGAGAGACCCAGCAAGAAGAAGGACACGUCUAUGGCUGGUGUUUACAGUGGCGACUCUGAGGAAAACGACAAUGAAAUGGAGAGACUCGGGAAGAAGAACACGUCUAUGGCUGGUGUUUACAGUGGCGACUCUGAGGACAACGACAAUGAAAUGGAGAGACUCGGGAAGAAGAACACGUCUAUGGCUGGUGUUUACACUGGCGACUCUGAGGACAACGACAAUGAAAUGGAGAGACUCGGGAAGAAGAAGAACGCGUCUAUGGCUGGUGUUUACAGUGGCGACUCUGAAGAAAACGACAAUGAAAUGGAGAGACCCGGGAAGAAGAACACGUCUAUGGCUGGUGUUUACAGUGGCGACUCUGAGGAAAACGACAAUGAAAUGGAGAGACCCGGGAAGAAGAAGAAGAAGGACACGUCUAUGGCUGGUGUUUACAGUGGCGACUCUGAGGAAAACGACAAUGAAAUGGAGAGACCCGGGAAGAAGAAGAAGAAGAACGCGUCUAUGGCUGGUGUUUACAGUGGCGACUCUGAAGAAAAUGACAAUGAAAUGGAGAGACCCGGGAAGAAGAACACGUCUAUGGCUGGUGUUUACAGUGGCGACUCUGAGGACAACGACAAUGAAAUGGAGAGACCCGGCAAGAAGAAGAAGCAGGACACCGCGACGGCUGGUGCCACCAUUCCUCAUUCUUCAGCAUUCCAGGUGGCUCCGUCAGGCCGAGACAAGAAGAAGCCAUCUUUGGUCAAUGGGCGAAUUAUGGUCAGAAAGCUGCAGAUGGCUGCUCCUGAGCCGGACGGGGAUGUGCGAAAGCCGAACCCAGGCAAGAAGGGGCCGUCCUUAGUGGAUCAGGGAAUUUUGGUCAGAAAGCUGCAGAAGGCCUUUCCUGAGCUCGACAGGGAGGAGCUGCGAGACAUACUGCAGCAACACAACUGGAACAUGGAGCAGGCCCUGGACGAGCUGUACCUAUCCUCCGAUCUGGACGAGUCGCCCAGCUGUCCUGAAGUCCGCGUGAGACGUCCUGUCGUACAGCAGCCUGUCACCGGGGCUCAGGGGGCGGGCGAGAGGGCCGACCCCCCCGCUGUCGCCAAAAAGGCCGGCAUGAAGGUUACUGCAGCCAAAGCCAAGGUGGCCAGGCGGAAGGGGCGGGGCCAAACGGCCGCGGAUUCGUAUGCCAGCACGUCGGAGGAAGAGGGCAGCAGGGAUUUUGAGGGCUCAUUGGAUGACGACUCGGACGGGGGGGGCAACAUGGACUCAGAGCUGAAAGCAGGCAUCGUGGAAUUCUUCCAGCAGGCCUCAGUGGACGAGCUGUCGCUCAUCCGCUCAUGCUCUCGGACGAAGGCGCAGAAGAUCAUGCAGCUGCGGCCUUUUUGCUCGUGGCGUGACCUGGAGAGGGCGUUCCAUAGGGGAAACCAGCUCUCCUACAAACUCCUGUCAGGUUGCAAGGUGGUGCUGAAGGAGCGACGGAUGGUGCUGGAAGUGAUGAAAAAUUGUGAGGCCAUCGCCGGCAAGAUGAUGAAGGACUUAGCAUUGCUCAUCCAGAGAGGUGCUGCCUCCUACAGUCAGCCUACCGUUCUCAACAGCAAGAUGCAGCUGAAGCCUUUCCAGCUGGUUGGCCUGCACUGGCUAACCCUACUUCACCAGAACAAGCUGAGCGGGAUCCUCGCUGACGAGAUGGGUUUAGGGAAGACCGUCCAGACCAUCUCCUUCCUUGCCAGCCUGUACCAGGCGGGCCUCAAGGGACCCCACCUCAUCACCGUGCCAGCCUCCACCCUAGGUAACUGGGUGCGUGAGCUGAGCCUGUGGUGUCCCAAGCUGAAGGUGCUGACUUACCAAGGUAAUAUGGAGGAGCGUAGAUACCUACGACGUAACAUACUCCGCCGGCAGGUGGACUUCAACGUUAUUAUUUCCACGUACAACAUGACCAUCGGAUGCUCGGGCGACCGCGGUCUCUUCAAGAAACUGAAGUUGCAGUAUGCUGUGUUCGAUGAGGGCCACUUGCUGAAGAACAUGGACACAGUGCGCUACUUUCACCUCAUGGAAAUCAAUGCACAGUACCGGCUGCUCCUUACAGGGACCCCCCUGCAGAACAACCUCCUGGAGCUGAUGUCACUACUGAACUUCAUCAUGCCCUCCGUGUUCUCCAGCAGUACUUCUCAGAUCGCCAAGUUAUUCUCAGCGAAAUCUUCAGAGCACGGCAGCUUUGAGAAGGACAGGAUUGCUCAUGCCAAACUCCUCUUGAAGCCCUUCAUCCUGAGAAGAGUCAAGAGCGAGGUCCUGAAACAGCUGCCCGCUAAGGUGGAGAAGGUGGAGCUCUGUCCCAUGAGUGAGAAGCAGCAGAAACUCUACAGCACCCUCCUGGUGACGCUAAAGUCUUCUGCCACCAGCGAGCCAAAGGUGCUGAAAACCAUGAUGAUGCAGCUGAGGAAGAUGGCGAACCACCCCCUGCUCCACCGACAGUACUAUACUAACGAGAAGCUUGCAGCUAUGAGUCAACUCAUGCUCAAGGAGGCCACGCACCACGAUGCCAACCCCACCCUCAUCCAGGAGGACAUGGAGGUGAUGUCUGACUUUGAGUUGCACCGCCUGUGCCAGCAGUACCCCAUCCUAGAGAGUUACGAGCUGCAGAUGGAUCUGCUGUGCGACUCGGGCAAGUUUGCCCUGCUCACAGAACUGCUGGCUUCACUGAAACAGAAGGGGGACCGUGUGGUGCUCUUUAGCCAGUUCACAAUGAUGCUGGACAUCAUGGAAACCUUCCUUCAGCACCUGGGCCACAGCUUCAUCCGCCUGGAUGGCUCCACUCCCGUAGCAGACAGGAUCGUAUUGAUCGACAAGUAUAACAACAACUCGGAGAUCUUUGUCUUCCUGCUGUCGACUCGGGCCGGCAAGGAGGGCAUCAACCUGGCCUCAGCCAACGUAGUCAUCCUUCACGAUAUCGACCUCAACCCUUACAAUGACAAGCAGGCUGAGGACCGCUGUCAUCGCGUGGGCCAGACCAGGACGGUGCAGGUGUUCAGAUUGGUGAGCCAGGAAUCCAUUGAGGUCAACCUGCUGCAGAUUAGCCAGAGGAAGCUGAAGUUGGAACAGGAUGUGACUGCUGCUGAGGAAGGUAAACAGGGGAACUUGUCUGAGGACAUGGCCUCUUUGCUGAAGACCGUUCUGGGCCUGUGAGGAUCUCACCUGCUAGCCCAUCUCAAUGCUGCUUAACACUGAGUGCCUCAUGUGGAUAUUCAGUACCUGAGCUGUGAAGAAUCUCAGCUCAUGUCGGAGUGCUGCUGCUUGCAAUCUGCUCAGUCAUUGAAGAUGCCCUUCAAAGGACAUUCUGACUUGGGACAUUUUUAUGUUUGUGGGUUCAUGUUGUAAUGUCAGAUUAUGUAUGUAAAGUUUACAAAUGUUUAUUCUCUCAAAAGCUGCUCUUUAUAUCGCCACAGCAUUUGCAAGUGAAAUAAAGAUUUUACAGUGUUAA